UACGUCAGAUGGCGCAGUCAAUCAUUUUUAUUUACGUUUCACCGAUUUACUCUCUGCUCUAGUCGAUUUAAUUUACUCUUAGAGAUGAUCAAUUUUAUACAAGUGAUAUCUAAAUAAAGUUUUUUCUACAGAUGAUUGGUAAUACAAAAAAAUUAGUGUUUGCUUUUCUUUUUACGGUAAAAUCGAAGAUUCAUGACAUCGAAGAUAUAAUAGUUUAGAAUUGGUGACAUAACUGAUAUUCGAAAAUUUGCAUUUAUCUUUAUACAAUCUUUAUAAAAUGACAGAAUCAAAAUCUUACGUUUGUCAACUAUCUCAAAUUGAAAAAGAUUAUGCCGCGGCAAAUUUGAACGAAACGGAUGACAACAGAUCGCAGAAGAUUGAAGAAAUACGAGAAUGGAUUUUAAAACAUGACAAUCUACACGCUUGCACUGACGACUUUUUUAUUCUACGUUUUUUAAGAACUAGCAAAUUUAAUAUAGAAAAAACGAAGUACAAGCUAUGGAAUUAUUAUGAACAAAGAUGUAAUAUUCCUGAAUGGUAUGCAAAUAAGGAUCCUUUUCUGGCCGAAUUACAGGAUAUGUUUAAAUUAGGGGUAUUUUUGCCAAUGAGGAAAUUAGAUAAUGAAGGAAGAUUGGUAAUUCUAAUACGAGUCGCUACUCAUGAUCCUAGUAAACAAAAGUUAGCGGAUAUGCUGAAGGCUUCUCUGAUGAUAUUGGAUCUCGCAAUAAGAGAAAAUGAAUCUGUUUCGUUGCAUGGUGUAAUAGCUAUUAUGGAUUUGGCAGGUAUUUCUCUUGGUCAUGCGCUUCAAUUUCCACCGAAUGUAAUUAAAAAAUUAGUACAUGCUUGGCAAGGUUGUUACCCUUUAAGGAUACAGGCAUUACAGUUUAUAAAUUCACCAACUUAUGUAAAUGUUAUAUUAAAUGUGUUCAAAAGUUUUAUGACAAACAAAUUGAAGCAAAGAAUACACGUGCACACACGCGGAACGAAAACAUUUCUCGAUAUGGUUCAACAUGAUAUAUUACCGAUCGAAUAUGGUGGUUCUGACGGAUCUAUAUACGAUUUGAAAGAUUACUGGAAAAAUAGAGUGGAAGAAAAUCGGAUGUGGUUCACUAUAGAUGAAUCUUAUAAACUUAAUGUUAAUAAUGUAUAAAUAUCUAAUCUAAGGGGAAGAGAGUAUUAAAGAAUUUUCCGUAUAAAUCUGUUAUUGUGAUUGUUAUGGAGAUAUUGUUAAAUAUAAUAGAGAAUUUUAAUACGAAUCGUACAGAAUAAGCUGAAAGUACCUGAUUGUAUUUUUAGUUUACUAAUGUGAAGAAAUAAUUAUUUUGAAAAGUUUAAGGAAAAAAACGAUUGAUCUGUAUAAUCACUUAAACAAAUUCUUAGCUUAAUUUUAUAACUUAUUUUGAUAUUAAUGUGUAUGUAGGUACGGUUUUUCUUUACGAAGUAAAAAACAUAUUUUGCAAGUAAAACAAAUAGAAAAAAAAAUUAUUGCAAUUCGCAAAUAUAAUAAUACCAUUAAUUCAAUAAGGUAUUGGAAUAGAGUAAUUUUCAUAAAUGUUACGAACGAUAUAAGUCGUGUGUAAGAAUGAUUGUUCAUCUCUUGGGAUAUAGAAGCGAAUCAUUGCUAAAUGAAGAAAUAAAACAUUGAUAAGAAGAAAAGAAAGAAAAAUGGACGCUCGAGAACAGUGAUUGUCAAUCCCUCCUGCGAGUUUUAUGCAGCUAGCUGCGUUGAUAUCGAAUUGCAUUAAUACCGUACUGCUUUUAAUACCGAUAUUCAUUUAUUAAAUUCUUUUGUAUACUUGUUUACUUAUGUUACCUGCAAUUGUAUUUAUACGUUAAUGUUUAUUCAUAUACAGUAAUAUUAUAUAUUUUUAUGUGGGCUUCGUAUAUUUAGCGGUUGCUUCUGUGCUUUUUAUUAAUAGUUGGCUUUUCCAUUUAUGAUCUCAUUGUCAGUAUUCUUCCGUCUUACAUAUCAAACUCUUGUAUUUUUUAUUCAAUAAACUCGUUUUCAUACUA